CUGUGUUUUGGGAAGAUACCGUGCGUGUGUUUGACAGUGUGAGUGUGUGGAUUUUAACACUGUAUAAUGAAAAGCGACGAGUAAUCCCACCCUCACUGCUGAAGGAAUAAUGAACAUUCGGUGACCCUGAGACGCAUUUUGAGGCUUCAUUCGUCCGUAAUUUCAUUAGACGUUGGCGUGUAAAGCCUGCAGAUGGAUUAUAACCCUUUAAUGGCUCCUCCGGUUCCGCCGCAUAAACCGAAGUGCAGCCGAUCUUCCGGCUCCCAGGAGCGGCUGCUGAAGUGUGUGCUGCUCGGGGAUGGAGCUGUGGGCAAAACGAGCCUGGUGGUCAGCUACACGACUAAUGGCUAUCCCACUAAAUAUGUUCCUACAGCCUUCGACAACUUCUCCGCUGUAGUGCAAGUGGAUGGACAGCCGUUGCGACUGCAACUUUGCGACACUGCUGGACAGGAUGAGUUUGAUAAGCUGAGGCACUUCUGCUACUCGCGCACAGAUGUCCUGCUCCUCUGCUUCAGUGUAGUCAGUCCUGCUUCUUUCCAGAACGUGGGGGAGAAGUGGGUGCCUGAGAUCCGCCGGCGAUGUCCACUCACCCCCGUCCUGUUGGUGGGCACGCAGUGCGACCUGCGCCAGGACGUCAAGGUGCUGAUUGAGUUAGCGAGGCGGCGUGAACAGCCUGUACCUGAGCAGGAUGCCCGUGCCCUUGCUGACAAGAUUGGCGCUGUGACCUAUGUAGAGUGCUCGGCACUAACGCAGAAAAACCUGAAGGAGGUGUUUGAUGCUGCCAUUUCGGCCGGCCUUCGCCAGUAUGAGAGACGUGCCAGGAGAGAACACAAAGUUCUCAGCACAGCUGAUAAGAUGAAGAUGCUCUCAAAGGCCUGGUGGAAGAAAUAUGUGUGUAUCCAAUAACCCAAGCCAAGCUCUGAGUCAUCCACGCACAUGGACAAAGUGACAAAGACUCUUGACUCAUUCAGUGCCUCGAGCAGAUGGACUGAUCAGGGGCUGCUCUCAAAGGGUGUGUGGAGGAACGUUGUCUCAUUUCACUGUGUACUGAGUCAGCUACAGUAUAUAUGGUUGAAAUGAAAAUAAAAGCUACUUGACUUGGCGAGAAAGAGAGAGCGUGCAGUAUGUAUUCAAGAUAUUUUCACCGUAGGACUGUACCAUGACUCGUAUCCUCCUUAGCUAUUUCCCAGUUGUAAGCUGUUUUAUUAGUUACAGCUAUCUCAGCUACUCUGAACUCUGGCCAGUUCCAAGAAUAAGAAGACUGAGAGCUAAAGAGUGCUAAUCUCUUAAAAGAGAAAAAACUGUACACUUUUUUUUUCAUACACUAUUGUUGAAAAGUUUGGAAUCACUAGCAAUCAGUGCAAUUUUAAACAACUUUCUCUAUUUUAUGUGCAAAAAAUAAAUGCAGACCAGACAGCAUUGCAGUAUUUUAAUUAAAAACAUGCAUAAUUUACAGCAGUGAUGGAUAUUGUGGCUGAACCGCAUUGCAAUAUGCAUGGAGAUGAUUUUGGAUUACUGAUAAAUAUUCAUUUGAUUGUUACUACAUUACAAUAUUAAAUGUUUAAUUUAGACUAGUAGUUCUGUCAAAAGGCUUUUACUUCCAGGUUGUAAUGAUGAGAACUAAUGAAGUGAGAAAAUAUGAUCAAAUCACUGUUAGGUGUGUAAUUCUUCUCAUGAAAAUGUUAUGACGUGUUCAUUAUCUUAUUCUAAUUAUCUCCUUCUAAUGUUAAACAUCCUGGUUUGAUCUUUGCCUUCCAGAUUUUGACAUGAAUAUCAGCCUCAAUCUGAAUGUACUUUAAUUAUAACAUCAGACUCAAGGAUCUGCAGUCCUGGACAGCUUUUUUUUUUUUUUAAUCCAUAAAUGAUUUCUAACCUAUGAUUGUUCUAAGAUCAUAUAAGAAUCAGUUUAGAUUGGAAUUUUUGGUGAAUUCAAACUUUUAAAUGGUAGUGUACAGUUUAUCAAGUGCACAAACUUUAUAUUUAUGUCUGUGUGUAUGAAUGUUUUGUUUUGUUUUGCAACAGCAGUCACUUGCUCUACAACACUGGAUUUCAGAGCGAUUCACAUUAUAUUUUCUUUUACACUCUUACACUAUGGAAUGCUCCUAAUCUAUAUUAGUGCCCAUCUUUGAGCUCCCUGGCACCAUGAUGUGACAUUAUUUUGCUGAUUUGGCAGCUGUUAUUGUUGUUUGCCACCCAGUCAAGACUUCUGGAAGUGUUUCUUAUAUGGCAAAACGUUCAGGUGUAAAGGAUGCAUUUAAUUUUAUUCACCUCACCAGCUUGUUUGACUGUAGCAUUCUGUACUGACGAGAACACUUAGAGAGCUAAAGCUUUCCUCUUUCAUGUCAAAGAAAAAUUAUUAGGUGUUUUACUGCAUUUGCAAAUCAUCGUAAGCAAGUAUGUUCACUAAAUCUUUGAUCAUUGGAGUAGAUUUGUUUGACCAGCACAGGACUGUGUGUAUGUGGGGUGGUCCCGUCACCUCAGUUUUUAGGGUCGUGCUGUGUAUGUUGUGCUCUGGGGUGAUUUAUUGGUUAACACAUUGGCUAUAACAGUUGUCUUUGUGGUACAAUAGGCUUUAAUUCACACUGCACUUGUGUGACGUGUGACAUGCCUGAAUAUGCAGUUUCCUGGUUGCAUUUUCUCACUUUGGAUUAAAUGUAAUUGUAUUGGUUAGCCGAUGAGCAGAACAAAUUUUGCUUCUCAUUAUUCAGAAGCCACAACUUUUUUUUUUUUUUUUUUUUUUCCCUUUUUCAAAAUUUUUUUUCAGACUUUUAGAGCUUGGCUUAAGUGUACAGCAAAGAUUUAUCAAACGGAUGAAAUAAGAUUCUGUGUUUAGUACACUGUGUUUCAGUGCCAUAACUUUGAUCAAAGUACAUCCAUGUAGAUUUAUACAUUUUUAUAACUAUGUAAUUAUCUUGCUGUUUCUGUGUGAUCACUCUCUAUGGUACACAUCUCAGUUAUGGAUUAUUACGGCAAAUAAACUUUUAAUAAAAAAAUUAAAAUUG